AUGUGGCACCGUACCAUCUCGAAUAUUUAUAUCAAACCUAAUGGAUUCACUUUACACAGGAAUCCAGUUGCUCAAAGUACUGAUGGAUGCAGAGCCAAAAUUGGCUUCUAUAGAGGUCGACAUGCUUGGGAAGUUAUAUGGGAGGGACCUCUAGGAACCGUAGCUGUUGUAGGAAUAUCUACAAGAGAUGCACCAUUACAAUGUCAAGGUUAUGUGGGUUUAUUAGGUUCUGAUGAACAAAGUUGGGGAUGGAAUUUAGUUGAUAACCAUCUAUUACACAAUGGACAAACACAAGGCCAUUAUCCACUUCUCAAUAACUGUCCAAAAUAUCAAGUAGGGGAACGCAUAAGAGUUAUUUUGGAUUGUGAAAACAGCACAUUAUCAUUUGAGAGGAGCUAUGAAUUCUUAGGUGUUGCAUUUAGGGGUCUUCCAAACAGAAAGCUGUAUCCUACUGUAUCUGCUGUUUAUGGAAAUACGGAGGUAUCUAUGGUCUAUUUAGGACCCCCCGUCGAUGGC